GGCGCGUGUACGUGUGUUGCUUUGCAUCGCGCGCGAUAAUAGUCAACGGGUGGGACCCCCUUAACGCGCGCUCUCCUCGAGAUCGCUCGAGAUGCCGGUCGUCUGACGAGGCCCGCCAGUCCACGGAGCAUCGCGAUCGACGGUGGAUCGAUCGUCUACCUGAGCGAUUCCGAGCCGGAAUAAUCACCGUUCAGCAGGACUUUGGACUAGCGUUUGGGAAAAACCUGUCAACAGAUAUCAGCUGUCGCUCAUCCAGAUCAUUGACCAGACGGAACUUUGUCUAAAAAAACCAGAGUUCUCUAAUUUGCGACCUGCGGUGAACCGAAAAUGAAUGGUGUCGAGGAUACGUAUUAAGGACGCAGCGUGAAAUAGUGCCUUCACUCGUGAUCGUCGGAAGUUUAUUAUUACACGGAUUGAUUUGACAUCCACAGUGACACUUGAACGAACUAUUGGUCGGUGCGACAUCUGAAUCGAUAUCUUACUGUGAGUUGUCAACUCUGUUUAACGAAGCUGCCAACCGUCUUAUUGAUCUUAUCCACAAUAGUCCUUAACUUUGACUUGAGCUCCGGCUGACUUUUCGAUGUUGAUUAAAUACGAUGACAUUCCGAUAACGAUGACGAGUUUUAUUUGAUGAUUGAUACACAUUAGAAGGGUGAAGUGCGUUUCCCGGUGAGAAAGGUCGAUGACCGAUCAAACGUAAGAACUAAUCAAUAGUGAAUACCGGCGUAUCAACGAACUUUCAACUUGUUUGGCGGACUCUGGAGCAAGAUGCUGUUCAAAGGCAACAGUUCGCGGUUGGAACUGCUGAUAGGCAAGAUACAGGCGCACAAGGAACCGUCGCAAGACGAGCAACACAAAUCCAAAGAGGCCUUGGGUACCGGAAGCUCAUCGUGGCACAGCGAAGACGGUGGGCCCAACUCGCGCCGCGGCGGCGAGACGCCGUCCUCAUGCGCGACGCCGACAUCGGCGAGUUUCCCGUCAGAACCCGAAGUGGACGCCGACGUCGGCGGCAACCCCGACGGCAACAACCCCGCCGCUCCUUACCCCUGCCAGUUUUGCGACAGGACGUUUCCUCGACUCAGCUACUUAAAGAAACACGAACAGAGCCACGGCGAUCAGAUGCCGUACCGAUGCAGUUGGUGCGCCAGACUGUUCAAGCACAAGCGCAGCCGAGAUCGUCACGUGAAGCUGCACACUGGGGACAGGCGAUAUCGUUGCUCGCAUUGUGAGGCUGCUUUCUCCAGAAGCGAUCACCUGAAGAUCCACAUGAAGACGCACGACACGCAGAAGCCUUAUCAGUGCACAGCAUGCUCGAGAGGCUACAACACAGCUGCGGCGUUAACGUCGCAUAUGCAGUCUCACAAGAAGCAUCAUCAAUCGUCAUCUCAGUCAACCGGCAAGCUUCACGACGUCGAUUACGGCAGGCGAAGCGUCUCCUCUCACAGCACGUCAUCGCCACCGGUACCGAGCUCGCCGUCACCGUCCCUGGCUCUCGGUCUAAAUCCGAGAAACGCUCUAAAAACUUCUCAAGGCACCUGCAGCGCGUCCACCACGCCCGUUCUAAGCUCUCCCUUGAAAUUAACCUGCAUGUACUGCACCAAAGAUUCGUUCAGUUGCAUGCAACAGUUGCAGAUGCACGUUCACUCGAUGCACCAAGCGAUUCUAAGCGGUGAGAGUUUGACUGUACCGCCAUCGCCUAGCGGGACGAGCGAGCAGAUUGCUCCUAGCUCGCGCGACAAACCGUUGGAUCGUCAGGACGGCUCGUCAUCGAAGGACUCGCGCGAUCGGAAAUAUCCCGAGGACCGCGAGAGACCCGGCGAGAGGGACCACUACGAGAACGCGUUCACAUGCAAUCAGUGCACCAUGAAAUUCUCGACGCUGGGUUGCCUGCGCGAUCACUUGCUGUCGAUACACCGGCUCAGCGCAUUCGGCGCGGCGAUGAUGAUGUGUCCAUUGUGCGGCAUCCCAUGUUCAUCCGCAGCCUCCUACGCCGAGCACUACGUUCUUCAGCACUGCGAGAAUCGCCGGAUCGCGCCGACACCCGCGACAGAGUACGGAGAACCGAAGGUGAAUGGUGUCUACGAUGGUGUCGCUAGAGAUUCGAGAUUGCAGAGGAGCAGAGACGUGCCAGAAGCGGCAGAUCUUACGAACAAACACGCCACCAGACCCACCGACUCCAGUGGCAGUGGUGUCGGCUACACCGCUGGUACCCUUCUGUGCGGUCAAUGCGGCGCCGCUUUGAAAGAUUUCGAGUCCUUUCGAGAACACUUAGCACGACACCUGCAAGCUGAUCAUCGUAACGAAGUGUCUAGGCACCCAUGUCCUAAGUGCGAAGCAACCUUUCCCGACCGCGAAGACAUGUUAAACCAUCUAAUUAAGCACUAUUUAGGUCAGGUCAGUAAGGAGUACGCCUGCGGUGCUUGCAAAAAACUUUACCCGCAUCCCGACCUUCUUCAAAGGCACCUGCUAGAUAGCCACGCGCAUCAUUUGUACCGUUGCGCUUUAUGUCGAGACACGUUCGACUCUCGGGUGGCAAUCCAGGUGCAUUUCGCGGUGAAGCAUAGUCAAGAGUGUCGAAUCUAUCGAUGCAGCGCGUGCACCUUAUCUAAUAAUGAAAACUCGCCGGGAAACGCACCUGGCGAGGGCAGAAGUUUCUUCAGGAGUGAGGCUGAGAUGGCGGCGCACGUUCGCAGUAUGCACGCGCCACCCGCAGCCUUGAUGAACAGUAGCCCGGGGUUGGCGAGGAGUCCCGCUUCAACGCCGGGUAUCACCAGCAAUGCCGCGGCACGUUGCGUCUUUUGUGGCAUCUGCUGCAACUCGGAACUCGAGCUGCAGCUUCACCUGGCCAGCCACUCUGCUAGUCUCUACAGGUGUCCUAUUUGCAAGGAGGGAUUUGCGGUGGAAUUCCUGUUGGACAGACACGUCGCUCAGGCGCACGCGGGGGACCACCAGGCGUCCGUCAGGAGCAGCUCAAGGGAGAACGGCCGAGUUCAUCGACCGGUUAGAAGUCAGGAUGAGCCGAAAUCCCUAAAAAGAGGUCGUUCACCAGCGUCGAGCAACAAUAACUCUCUGAACCAACGCGACAACAACAACAAGAGACCGAACUUUGGCACUUCCGGUGGUCAACAGUGUGAACUCUGCGAGCGUGGUGAGUUCGCGAACGAGGCCGAGCUACAGGCGCAUAAGAAACUAGUUCACACACCCUCGAAGUUGUCCAACAAGGGCUUACCCGCCCUAAGUAUGACCUGCGCGUACUGCGGCGAGGUUUGUCGUUCGCGUAGCGAGCUAGAAUCACAUACCAGGAUCCAGCACGCGUCCAACGAGCCCGGCGGACGUCACAAGUGCAACAUCUGCGACGAAGUGUGUCCGUCCGGGGCGACUUUAGCCGAGCACAAGCUCCAAAAGCACUGCAAAAUUCAGCUGAGCGAUACCUGCGUCGUGUGUCGCGGUUGUCUCGCUUCAGAAAGCCAGUUCCUAGAGCAUGUGCAAAGGCACAGCCUGGAAAACGUAGAUCCGCAGCAACGACUAGAUAACUCGCUGCCUCACCUGCCGGCGCCGUGCGUGGUCUGUCGGCAGACUCUGAUCAGCGACUUGGAAUGUCGUUUACACGCCAGGCACCACCUGAGAACGUCGUCAGGAUCGCGCAGCGAUGGCUCCAGUCCGGCGAGUCCUGCUGCCAAGAUCCAAAGCCCAGGCUGCUGUCUCUGCCUGCGGGAUUUUGCGGCAGACGAUUUCGUCAGCUUGCCACCUAAUCAUGCCAGCGCGGGUGGACAACCACUCAGGGUCUGCAAAUCCUGUUACGUGAGACACUCUCAAGGACUUCCUAUACUGAAUUCCACAUAUGAGCAACGAGCCAAAUACGAAGCGGCAUGGCUCGCGAGCAAAGAUGCUCAGUGGGACAGUUCCAAGGACAAGUGGGAGAACGACAGGGGACUUAAAGCGGAAAAUAGACCUAGGAAAGAAGGAAAUGCGGAUAAUAAACGCUGCGAAGAAUGCGGAGUCAAAUUCGAAGAUUCUGAGGAGGCGGAGAAACACAGGAUAACCGAGCACGAGAAGGUAUCCUUCCCGACUGAAGCCAAGGUCGCACAGCAUGUAAGAAAAGAACAUCUGGAAACUCCUACAAAAGCUUCGUUGGAAUCUUUACGAUGUCAUUUAUGUUUAUUUGAGGCCACCAGCCCUUUGCAGUUACAAAGUCAUUUAAUAGAACACACAUUUGCCGGCUGUCCUGCUUUUAACUGCUACAUCUGUCAGGCGCUUUUUACAGCCCCUAUUGGCCUUCAGAAUCACAUGGUGCAAGAACACGGCCUCGGUGCGCGACCCUACGAUUGCUCUAAGUGUACGCUCAAGUUCUUCUUCACAACGGAGCUGGACCAUCACAUUCUGACCUUCCACCGUCCGGGAGAGGACCUUUCAUCGACCGAAAACGCGCACGAGACCAAGGAUCGCGACGUUGAGGCGCGCAAUUGCGAGAAUAACGUGGCGGUGAAAGAGGAAGUAAUGCAGGUCGACGAAGAAGAAGAGGAAGAAGUGAACGUGGAUGAUCGGGUAGCACAAGAAGAACGCGAAGAGACCUCCGGACGCCCACAAGAUGAACAGAAGUUAAAGACGGAAGUCGACAGCGAAACGGCCUCCGGCAAGACGGAGUCGUGAUUUUCUUCGUCGACUGAGAUAGUCGAUAUUAUAUUUCGUUCCGACCUAGACUUAAUUAAUUCUUGGGAAUCCGUUGGAUAAAUUAUUAGGUUUGUUAUCGAUAUAGUUAAGAAUACGCUUGGAUACGGAUAUUGUAUAGAUAUUUUUUACGACGGUUCACGCGAUUACGUUCUCUCCUCGUGUAAGAUUCCAAACUGCCGGAAUAUGGCCAGCAGUCGGUGCACGACGAAUGCAAUAAUUUACCGGAGCGGCACUAGCGGUGCUUCUAUAAUGAAGACCUUAACGCGUUGCGCAUCGAUACACAAUCACCGUACUAUACUGCUGCAGCACCAUUAUCAUAAUACCACCGCUAUACUGUCACUCUAUUGCUACUAACAAGAAAACGAUCAGAGAUAAUACUGACAAGAAAGUGAUCAAAUCGCCCUCGGUUAUCUGGUCUACUACGUGCGAAGUCAUUAGCCGCGAUCCUUAUUGCAAAUGGCAUUGACUAAUAUCGAUAAUUGCGAACUUUGCGAGGUGUUACGAGACAGCCAGCCAAAAUUCCGACGGACGUCUAUGUGACGUUUGAGAGAUUGAGACGUCGUUUAAACGUCGGUAUUAUUAUCCGGAUAGAUGCUUCCCGAACACGUUGCUCAAAGUUCAUCAACGAUGUUGCGAACGACGCCGACGAAGUUCGAUACAGUAUUAAUUAGACGGGAAUAUGCCGCUUAUACUAUUCACUCCAGAUGGUUAGUUUUUUACGCAUUGAUAAUAGGGACUUUGAUACAAGACCACGCGACACGGGCAGGAAGGUGGUUUCUCGUUUAUCGUCGAAGCGUUUUGCCGAUUUCCACUUUGGGAGUGUCUUUUUACGGAACGUAAGUUCUCGUUUGUGUUAAGUUUGAUGAAAGUGUGCGGUAUUUAUUUAGCGUUUCUCGCGCGAGCACGGAUAAUUUUAUGAUUGCGAUCGUAAAAGCGAACACAGAUCUUAAUUCGCAUUCUUUUAUUUGAAUCUUGCGAUAAUGCGAUCGAAAGCGAGUGUCAAUUGACUACUCUACCAAAAUUCGUCUGACUGCCAAGAUUAAAGCAAUGUACGUGAAUAUGUACGUUUUAAAUAUAUAUGCACCUGUGCACAUAUGUAUAUAUGCAAUAUAUACAAGUCUCUUGUAACGUGCUGUUAAAUUUAUGUUAUAUACGUUAACUUAAGUUUCAGAAAUUAAACAAAUCUGAAUAUAAUAAAUUUCCUCUGUUUCUAUAUAAUAGAUAUGGCAUUAAAAGAAUUAUGUUUGCAAUGUUGAAUAAUUAUCAUCGUUUUUACUAAAGAAAGAAGUGAUUUUCAUGGAAAAGAAGUGGCUUUCAUCGGAGAUUAAAUGUCGAAAUAAUUUCGUUAGUGAUACUUGACCGAUCUCGUACAGUGAGAUGCUUAAACAUAUGUUGGAACAUAUUUAUCUUGAUGAGAGAGUUCCGCAACGCAUCCCGUAUCUAGUAAAAAAGUGUAUGACCUGAGAAUUCCUAAAAAACAAAUUUUCUUAUUGAAUACGUAAUGCGUCGCGAAAUUCAUCGAAAUAAAAGUGUUGCAAUCUUUAAACAUUUGAUUGUACAUACUGUUAUACCAGUGACCGUCUGUAAAAGCGAAAUUUUCACACACGCACACACACACAUACACAAUACCGUUAUAACACCGGUAUUCCUACUACUAUAUUAUUGAAUAUUGAUGUAAUUUUUUGUACAAGGGAAUUUCUAGAAACGCAAAAUUCCACUCAACGUAACUGUUUCCUAACUGUGAAUGUAUAUUGAUAUAUGUAUUGCUCGAUGACAUCCAAUAUUCAUAGAAAUAUUGAUUUAUUUCGAUUAUUAAAACAGGGAAAUUAUUAUAUAAAACAGGGAAAAAUACUAAUAUGUAAACGAUCAUCCUUUCUCUCUAUAUCGAAUUUAAUAUUUGAUUAUAUUUUAUUGGCAAAGACGCAAGUAGCAAAGUGACUUCAAAAAACGUAUUAAUUAGACGUUAACAAGCCAUACAACAAUUAUGUCAUAUGAAAUUUGAAUAUUUUUUAUCUCUCUGUUCUCUUUAGUCAUAUACUUCGUUGUAAAAUUUGAGCCUCUUUUUAAUAUUACAUAACAUGUGGAAUUAUUACCCGCUUCUUUCUCACAUAGAACAAACAAAAAUAACUUAUAAUCAUAUUGUGAGUAAUAAAUAUUGGUUCUAUUAUUUUUCCUUUAAAGAUAAAUAAUUUUUAUAAAUAAUAUGAAAUUAAUUAUUUUAUAAUUUUAAUUAGUAAUAAUUGUUUUUAAUAAAUAUUUCAAAAUUAAAAUUUUUAUUAUUAACAUAAAAUUAAAUUAUUUUUUAGAAUAUAAUAUUUAUAGAAAUAUAUAUAUAAAUCUAAAUAUAGGGUACAUGUGACGUUUUAUAUAUGGCCUUUAUUUCUUUUCCCUUCUUGUCAUUAUAGACUGUUACGCAAGCGAAUAGAUUGUCCCGCUCGUAGUAUGUAUAAUUGUUGAAUAGCCUCUUAAUAAUGUUAGAGACAUUAUUAAUGCGUCAUUAAUAUAUUAUUUGACGUCAGCAAGUUUACUGGAUAGAGAUUCACGGAUUUUUCUCUGAUAAGUGAAGAAUGGGAAAUCGUUGUAUUGCGUGAAAUUUUGCUUCUUAAAAAAUUUCUUUCAUUACAAAAGAAAAAAUUGGGACAUAACAAAAAACAGCCCAAGUUGUUUCAUUAAUUAUUUAAAGAUGUUAAGCUCGACAAGCUCGUCUUUAUUGCAAUUGAAAUGUGUAAAUAUAAUAGCGGAGAGUGCACUAUGAAUGUUCUAUCGACUUACUAAUAAGCGACGAAGUUGCUGGUAUCUAAUGAGGAGAUGCAAUAACUUGUCCAUUAGACAUAGCGGUAAGAUAUAAUUCUGUGCGAAAUAAAUUAUUGUUUCGAGUCUAGCCGGUCGCACGUACUGUAUAUAAUAACCUGUCCAUUAGAUAUAUAGUCAUUCGGUAAGAUAAUAUUAUAUACAAAUAAAUUAUUGUUUUAAAUCGA